AUCACAACAUCCAUCUUACCAAAUUUGUGUAAAUAUUAUAGCCAUGCAAGCCAACGAGCUUACUGAUUCCCACUACCUUCUUCCUCCAAACCCAGAUCUCGAUCAUGACACAACAUACUUAACCAUGAACCUAUACAACUCACCAAUCAUGCAAUUCAAUCUCAACACACCCUCAAACCCAUUCUACAAUCUUCACAUGAACCCCCAAUAUCAUGAAAUUAACCCGUAUUUUUCCGAUGAAGCAGAUGAUCGACAACAGAGAAACCUCAUCAAUGAAAGGAAGCAAAGGAGAAUGAUAUCUAAUAGAGAGUCAGCUCGUAGGUCACGCAUGCGAAAACAGAAGCAUUUAGAUGAACUUUGGUCGCAGGUGAUUUGGCUUCGUAAUGAAAAUCAUCAACUUGUUGACAAAUUGAAUAAAUUUUCAGGGACACAUGAUCGAGUUCUUCAAGAGAAUGCUCAGCUUAAAGAGGAAGCUUCAGAGCUUCGUGAAAUGAUCAACAAGUUGCAGCUUAAUGGAACUUAUCCUAGUUUGAUGGACUUAGAUGAUAUCAAUAGCAACGCGCUUUACCUUAGAACUGAAUCUUCAAACCCUUCGAUCUCUAUCUCAAGUUCCUCGGAGUUCUUCUAGACAUGAGUCUUUUCUCUUUAUCAAUGAUCUCUAAGUCAGUUACUAUGUAUUCCAAGAGUUCGAAGAGGAAGUAGCUGAAUAAAUCUUUAUUUUUUUAAUAUAGCGUAUGAUAUCACAUGUUUUAAAUCUAUCUUGUAAAAAAUUGGGAAACUGGAACAGAUUCUUUCUUGAUUUGAAACCCCACCAAGCAUAAAAG